GGGGGCGUCCCCGACGCGGCGACGCACUGUACACCGGGGCCCACAACGCCGCCACCGCCUCACCCUCACCGCCUGACUGAGGCCGACGAGUGCAUAGACCUACUUAUAGCGUUAUACGUUUUUCCAAAACUAGCUGACUCGGUGAUACGCUCGUGACACCAUGCUGACGUUUGUCCUUGCGGGCGUCUUGUUGCUGGGCGUCGGGGGUGCCAGCGAGGCCCAGCAAACAGCUCCUGCGUGGCCCCGCCUGGUCACCGCCCCCGGCCGCUACCAUGCCCACGGAGGGGAGUCUGUCAAGCUGCCCUGCGAUGUCACCAACUUGGGGCGCAAGUCUGUAUUCUGGCUGAAGGGGGACAGCAGCAUGGAGUCUCGGGAGCUGUUGGUGCAGAUCCGUGGAGUGCGGCGGCGGCCCGUGGCGGUGCGUCGCUUCCUGCAGGAUAUGCGCACCGGGAAGAUGGCCACGGACGGGACCCACCUGAUCAUCAACAACCUGACGGAGGACGACGCGGGCACUUACACCUGCACCGUGACCUGGGCCGGGCAAUCCGUCACCCACGUGCUGGAGGUGACUGAUCUAGGGUCGCUGCAGAAGGUGGUGAUGGAGUACCUUCCCCCCAGCAGAAGCAUGACCGUGGUCGAGGGCAGCCCCGUCACCUUCGCCUGCCACGCUCGGGGGUCACCUCAGCCCUCCGUCGCCUGGUACAGAGAGGGCACUGAGCGGGAGGUGCUGCGGGAGGGGCCGGUGCUGAACAUCGCGGAGGCGGGGAGGGAGGACGCGGGCCGCUACCAGUGUCUGACCAGCAGUGGCGAGGAUGGGCGGCGGCAGGGCACCGUGUUCACCCUGAAUGUGGAAUACGUGUCGGUGCGGGGGGCCCAGGACAGAGUGGUGGUGAGGAGCGAGUACCCGCGUGCCCAGCUCACCUGCUACGUGGAAGGCUACCCCGAACCCCAGGUGUUGUGGUACCAGAGCAGCGGGCAGGUGACUGAGGACGCCAGACACAGGUUCGUGGCCGACCGUCAUCAACACCACCUACAGAUAGAGGACGUGACCGUGGCUGACCUUGGCGAGUACCAGUGUUACGUGCACAACGGGGCCUCGCGGGACCUGGCCACCCUCACCCUCACCGCCGCCCCCAGGGAAGCACGCAUCCUGGGGGCCGAGCUGACGCCGCGCCACUCGACCUACAACCUGACCUGGGAAGUGGAGAGCAUAACGCCGCUUCGCCUCUACAUGCUGGAAUACCGCAAGGGCCCAGCGGCAGGCCAGUGGAACACCACCUACGUUGGGAUCUCAGACACUCCCCAAGGAAUGACCUACGUGCAGAGUGGCUUGUUGACCCUUGACCCUGCCUCCACAUACGAGGUGAAGGUGCGCGGUGUGACAGAGGACAACGAGCAGGGACCUGACAUGAUCAACCCCUUCGAAAUUGUUACAGGUGGGGGUACUAAGGAGAAGAUAAGCCGAUUCUUCCACACUGCCCUGCCGAUCCUGUCCCGCCUGCCCAUCCUCGCCAGGACACUCCAGUAGCACAGUACACAAGUCGCAACGCAGCACAGCACCAACAACCCAUCAAGUCCAGGUCACUCAAGAGGUCUUUUCUAUUUUCAGAUGCAUCUCUCUUCUAAGAUCGUAGUAGUAGUAGUAGUGGUGGUAGUAGUAGAGCCUAUUAAGUGUCUGGGUUUUAACAAGAACUGUCUGAUUUACUUAUAUUUUGAUCAUUUUGUCUAAUAAAUAGGACAAUAUAGCUUUUUCUUCCCUUCACAGUUUGUAUUUUAUAGUCUGCGUAGCUCUUGAAAGCCUAACAAAUAAAUAUACAUGGGAC